AUGUACUACCGCCUGCUGACGGCGUCGUUUGUGGUGGCGGUGGCUAUCCUCGUCUACCGCAAUCGUGCCUUCUUUCUGAGCCUCGUUCCGGACGCCAUGGCAUCGCGCCUGCCAGCCGCACUCCAAGCGUCCGUAUCCACCGCACCGGGGCUGCCCUUCCACACGCCGUCGUCGGGCGUGUUUGGCAGAUGGUUCGGUUCGCGCCGUUACACCGCCGUGCCUGGAUUUGACUGGUCCGCCAACGCUGCCAACGGCCUCUCGAGCACGCUCUUCGACAUCUCUGCGAACCUCGAGGACGAUGCGCGUAGCGGCCUCGAUCCAUCGGGCGCACAGGAUGUGCAGACUAUCAUGCAGACCCAGGGCGUGUCCUUUGACCAGGCUCGCCUCAUCAGGCACAAGCAGAUCCUUGUUCAGAACAACAUCGACCCCAACACGGGCCUUCCGCUCGAUUCCAAGGCCGUCACCAGUCUCGGCGGCCGCAUCCCAGGCCCGUCCAGAGGCCUCCGAUAG